UGUCCACUUAUCAGGCCUUCACUGAGCCAAACGCAGAAGUUUAUUUCAUAACAACUAUACUUUUUUCGAACCAAAGUGCAGAUCUCGUGAAUCAGUUAUCGUUUUUAAUUACAACAAAAAACAACAAAUGAUGGCUGGCCUCGUGCGAUUGAAGGGCAUGCAAAAUCUCGUCGGGCGUUUGGCCUCGACGUCAAAACUGUCCGUUGUGAACAGCAAUCAUGCAGCAGCGUGUAGCAGUAGACUUCUAACCCUCAGACGUGCCGUCGGUACGUCGGGCUCGUCAAAAGCUGGAAAUGUCGCCGAGAAAGCACAAGUCUGCCCGACCCCCGGCACUGCUUCGAAGAUACGCCAACCUAAAGAGGAAAUUUGGGUGUCUUAUGGUUACUGUAAAGAAGAUAAAUGGCUCGACAGGCAUCAGAUGCAUAUGACAAUGUUCGUAUCUAUCUGUAUAUUGACCUGUGGUGGUGCAUUUCUGCUUGCAUACCUGCCCGAUUUCAAAAUGAAGGAUUGGGCUUUGAGAGAAGCUUACCUCAGGCUUCGGGAUCGCGAAGCUCGAGGUUUGCCACCUAUUGAUUGCAAUAUUGUUGAUCCUGCUUUAGUUAAACUGCCAACCGAUGAAGAGCUUGGUGAUGCAGAAAUCAUCAUUUAAAUAGUGCUUGCUACUUUUAUCAGUGCACAGCUUAUAACAUAGGAUGAAGCCUUCACCUACUCAAUAUCUAUGGUUGCUGUCAGACUAUGUUAUUAUGUAUAUCGUUGAAGAUUUUUAUGUAAGAAACAAAUGAGUCUUAUGCCUGAUUUCUCAUGGCUGUGGCUUGGAAUCCUUGUGAUGCCACAAAAAAGUGAAUUAAAAUUUAGUGUAAUGCUGAUGAGAAUGUUGCUAAUGUUAGAAGAUUAUCAAAUGUAUCUGUAAAUGUAGAGAAAUUAACAUUCUUUUUCAUCUCAAAUACUAUCGAAACUAAUCAAGUUUCAACAUUUUAGUUCAUUGUAAUUGCUAUUGUUUCUAAAAUGAUAUAUGUAACAAAGACUUGUAUAAAACAAUGAGAAAAUAUAUUUCUUUGAAAUAAGGUAAAACAAUUUUUCAAAUUUUUGAACCAAUUUGAAUGGAAUUUUUACUAUGUUUUGAAUGAAAUUCAAAUAAAUAAUGUAAUUAUAAUCUGUAAAAACUAAUGGCAGAAUAAAAGGAACCCAUUUGUGCAUCAAAUUCACUUUGUACAAACAAUAAAAACUUAUUACAAAACUAUA